GUAUCUUAAACAGUGUAAAAUUGUUUUAAAUCUUGGUUUGACUGAGUAUAAUGACUGGGACUAGGAAAAACAAACAGAAGUAGCGGAAAAAGUACAAAAGUAGCAGUAGUAUAAGUGGUAGUGAAACUAGCCCCGAUUCAAUACAUUUUAAAGGUGAGGACAGUUUGAAUAGUAUUCAUCAGAACAUCGAAGGUGAUGUUACGGUGAGUGAUUUACUCAGUGACGAAUUUGAAGAGGCACAUUACACCCAAUCUAGAACUCAUAAGCAAUUACUGGAAGCCAAUAUGGAAGAUCCGUUAUUUGAUUCAAACGGGGAACUGAACAGCAAUAUUACAUAGGAAGAAAUUUUGGAAAUUGUGCGUGCGAAAUCAAAAUCUGCAAGUGGUUAUGAUGAAAUCCCUCACAAUGUACUGAAGUUCCCGCUUGUUAUUAGGACACUACAGAACCUUUUUCAGCUAAUAUUUGAUACAAGUACUAUACCGCCUGUUUGGCGAAAGGCUGUUAUAUGUCCUAUUAUCAAAGAUCACUCAUCUGAUGCCCGACUACCUAUGAACUACAGAGGGAAUAGUUUUCUAUCAUGUAUCAGUAAACUUUAUAGUGUUUUUAUUAACAAACGCUUAGUCAGUUUUCUUGAAAACCAAGAAGUUCUUGUAGAUGAGCAAAACGGUUUCCGAAGACAUAAAUCAUGUGAGGAUCAUAUUUUCACUCAAAACAGUGUAAUUAGAAAUACAGAAUCACUUUUUGUAGCGUUUAUUGACCUGAACAAGUGUUUUGACGUUGUAGACAGAAACAUGAUGUUGUACAAACUCUUGUUACACGGCGUGGAUGGUAAAAUUUACCAUUAAAUCCGGAGUAUAUACCAGUCCUCAGAAGCUUGUAUCCGAUUGAACGGAAAACUUACACUUGGUUCUACUGUAAAACAGGCGUAAAGCAGGGAGAUAAUCUAUCACCAACACUUUUCUCCAUAUUUAUAAACGAUCUCGUGAAGGAAAUCAAUGCUCUUGGCCUUGGGACAGACCUCCUUGAUAGGAAACUAUCUGUACUACUUUAUGCGGAUGAUAUCGCCCUAAUGGUCAAAAGUCCAGAAGAUCUACAUGUAUGUUGGACAAGCUUCAUCAGCGGUGCAAGAGAUGGAGAGUAUUGUUCAACACGGAUAAAUCAAAGUGUGUUCAUUUCAGGAAAGUGAGAAGGAAACAGACAAAGUUUGAGUUUGUUAUCGGCAAAAAAAGAUUGGAGAAAGUUGACCAAUACAAAUAUUUAGGUGUAACGUUCACCUUCAGUGGAAACUUCACAGAGAAUGCAGAGAUUCUUUCAAAAGCUGGGGGAAGAGCGCUUGGAAAGAUAAUCUCCAAAAUACAUACCAAUAAGGACUUUGGAAUUAAAGCAAAUGAGAAGUUGUAUUACUCCUGUGUAGUCCCCUUUCUGGAUUAUGCAUCGGGAGUAUGGGGAUACAGCAAAUACCAGGCCGUUGAAAAUAUCCAAAACCAAGCAAUCCGAUAUUUUUUGGGAGUGCAUCGUUUUGCACCUAGACUCGCCCUAUACGGAGAUAUUGGUUGGAUUCCUAGCUAUUAUCAACGGUGGAUGAACAUGAUCCGUUAUUGGAAUAGAAUACUUACGAUGGAUACUGACCGUAUCACGAGGCUCGCAUUCGAUAUGGAUUACAGGUUUUGUUCUAACAACUGGUGCAGUGAAAUCAAGGAUAUAUUCCAAAAACUCGAAUUAGAACAUGUCUUUAACUCACAGGUACCUGUGGAUAUGAAAACGGCUGAACUGUGUAUAUUACGUUAUUACUCAUCUCUAUGGGAAGACGCUGUCCAAAAUGUUCCAAAACUCCGUACAUACGUAACCAUAAAAUCCACCUUCGAACAGGAGGAAUACGUGAAACUAAAUCUAAGCAAAACGGAACGCUCACACCUCGCCCAGUUAAGGUGUGGUAUUUUACCUUUGCGAGUAGAGACAAGACGCUACAUUGGGGAACGACCAAAAGAGAGAGUAUGUCAAUUCUGCGAUGCCGGCCACCCAUACGAAAAUGUGUAGUUGACCGUCAACUAGUCGUCAACUAGCCGUCAACUAGUCGUCAACUGAUAAUGCGAAAACAGUUGACCACUCGGAGUUGAAUGCUUUUCUGAAAAGCGAUCAACUGAUUUGCAUAAAACGGCCAGUUGACCAUUAGUUGAAUGCUAAUACUUUGAAAUUUCAUGCAAAACAAGAGUUGACCACUAGUUGAACACUCCGACUUGUUAGAAAAUUUCUCCCACGCUACAUUUAUGUUGGGCUCAAAAUUACAUUAUCAUAGAUCGGGUUUGUUAUACCAU